AUGGCAUACGAACCUCGAGAGUAUGGAGGUGGACGGGAUCGAGAAAGGGAAGGAAGAGGAAGAGGAAGAAGAGAUGAUGGAGGACAGGAAGAGGGGGGUGGUGAAAGGGACUUCGUGAGAGGGAGAGGCCGUCGCCCUGUCACGGAUUAUAGCUCUACUAUGGUUCACUGGAUGCGGAACCGUCAGCCAAGGUAUAAAGGCGGUUACCAAGGUGAGAUGGAAAGACCCAGUCCAAGUUACAUGAUAGAUAUGUUACCACCGCUGGCAAGAAUUCAUAAUGCAGCAGAUUCGGUUCCAGGGAGGCAUUUACAUUCGUCACUUAAUAAAAUCAAGCACCCUGUGAAUGUGGUAAGAUGGACACCAGAAGGUCGACGAUUACUCACAGCCUCCAGUAGUGGAGAAUUUACUCUAUGGAAUGGCGCAGGUUUCAACUUCGAGACAAUUAUGCAAGCACAUGAUGUUGCUAUUCGCGCUUUGUCUUAUUCUCAUAGUGAUGACUGGUUGAUAUCAGCUGAUCAUGAUGGAGUGAUCAAAUACUGGCAACCGAAUUUCAACAACGUCAAAGUCAUUCAAGGACAUGACGACCCUAUAAGAGAUCUUGCAUUUAGUCCAAACGACUCAAAGUUUGUCACGGCCUCGGAUGACUCUAAGCUAAAGAUUUUCGAUUUUGCUGGCGGUGUUGAGGAGUCUAUUCUCUCUGGGCAUGGAUGGGACGCGAAAAGUGUUGACUGGCAUCCGACUAAGGGAUUACUUGUUUCUGGAUCAAAAGAUCAUCUUGUCAAGUUAUGGGAUCCGCGCAGUGGCCGAUGUCUGACGACUCUCCAUGGACAUAAGAACACAAUCACAAAAACGGUUUUUGAACCAGUACGAGGCCACUGCUUAGCCACUUCAGCUCGAGACCAAACCGCACGAGUAUUCGACUUGCGAAUGAUGCGCGAUGUAUGUUUGCUCAAAGGGCAUGAUAAAGACAUCUCUACCCUGGCAUGGCAUCCAAUUCACCCUUCACUUUUGAGCACUGGCGGUGCUGAUGGAUCUCUUUUCCACUACCUCCUAGAUGAACCAAACAAUCCUGCUGGAACGGAACCUUCCAUAGCCCCUUACGAUAGUCCGGACCCCACUACUACACCGGCUCAAACCAUCUAUCCAGCUCAUAAAUUAACCUACGCUCAUGAAUUUGCUAUCUGGUCACUUGAUUGGCAUCCUCUCGGUCACAUCUUAGCAUCAGGUUCCAAUGAUCGAAUCACUCGAUUCUGGACACGUGUACGUCCCGGUGACACAGAUACAUUCAAAGACCGCUAUCAUAUUGGUGACUCAGCUGCCGAGGCGCAAGGAACCUAUGAUCGUCGCGGCGGGCGACGCCAACGUCAAGAGGAAGAAGAUCAAGAAGCUGAAGACGAAAUGGAAGGAUUAGUCGAUCAGAAAAUGCCUGCAAAGGUACCCGGUUUUGCCACAGGAAUACCUGGUCUACCAUUACCUGGUAUGGGAAUUAUCCCUGGUAUGAAUCGUGUUCCUCCGCCUCCACCUCCACCUAUGCUCAGCGGAGGUAAUAUGCCACCUCCACCUUUACCUGGAAAUAUAGAUGCCAAUACCUUAGCAAUUAUGAUGAAGGCUGGUUUGCCACCUCCAGGGGCACCGGGCAUGCCACCCCCACCGCCGAUGCUCCCACCAAACUUUCAACUCCCACCUGGCUUCGUUGUUCCUCCACCUCCUCCUGGUAUGCCAAUACCUGGCUUAGAUAGUACAGAUUUAUCAGGUGGUAGUGCUGGAAUUAGAAAGCGGGGACCGUUGCCAAGCCAAGAAGAAAGUUUACAAGCGAUGCAAAGGCAGGGAAAAUUUAGACAAGCACGAUAG